AUGACGGACAGCGGCAAGUGUGCGUUUGUUCUUGGGAUCGAGCUUUUGGACGGUGAAGAUGGCAGUGUGACACUAUGUCAGCGUCGGUAUGUCGAUGAUAUCCUCAAGCGCUUUGGCAUGGAUGAUUGCAAGGCAGUCGCAAGUCCAGUCGACAUGAGCUCUCGACUUGUUUCAAGUGAUGCAACUACCAAGGUCGAUGCUCCUUUUCGCGAAGCUGUUGGUGCGUUGAUGCACCUGACCACUGCAACGCGUCCGGACAUUGCGUUUGCUGUGGGCUAUGUGUCGCGGUUCAUGGAAAAUCCCCAAGAAGAACACUGGGUUGCAGUUAAGCGUAUCUUUCGCUACCUACAAGGCACCAAGACGCAUGGAAUUUGCUACAAGCCAAGUGCAAGGAUCGACUUCCGUGGAUAUUCGGAUGCGGAUUGGGCUGGUGAUCUUACCGACCGCAAGUCAACAUCGGGGUACACGUUCAUGCUACUCGGUGCGCCAGUCAGUUGGGGCAGCAAGAAGCAGCCAAGUGUUUCGUUGUCCACGAGUGAAGCCGAAUACAUCGCACUCAGCUUGGCGAUUCAAGAGGGCAAGUGGAUUCAUCGUCUGCUUUGUGAGAUCGUGAUGGCUGCCAAUGAAGAAGGACCGGAACUCAUGAUCCAUGAAGACAAUCAGUCGUGUAUCAAGAUGACGAAGAACCCAGUCAACCACGGCCGUGCCAAGCACAUUGAUAUCAAGUACCAUCACAUCCGUGAUGAGGUCAAGCGCGGUGAAGUGAAGCUCAAGUACUGUGAAACUGCGGUGAUGUUAGCGGACAUCAUGACGAAGGGACUUCACGGGCCACGCCACAAGGAGAUGACGGCGACUCUCGGGAUUCGUGAGCAUUCGGAUUGA